CGUUUGCAACAGUUUGUGGUAUUAUUCUUGCUUCAUGAGAGCGUCCAGCCCCUUUCUUACAAGCAAGUGGAACUUUUACUUCAAACAAAAGAAUCACAGCUGUUGACAAAGGGGACACAAUUAAACUCUCUUGCUUCACAAGCUGUAAAAGGAGCCCAGGUUUAGAACCUUGAAACACGUUUUUUCAGGAUUGCUUGAAUAUUGUGUCUCUUGGGAUUGCAAUCCAAAGAAGCCGCAAGUUAAUAUAAUUCUUUUUUGCCUUUGAACAGGGAAAUAUUUAUUUUAGUCGACAAGUUACUCUAUCCAAGGACGGUGUCUGAGUGUGUAAGGGCCGAGAGUAAAGUGCCCUAUACUAGGUUUAUGAUGAUGGAUGAAAGGGACCCAUCUUCGCUUUUGGAUCUUGCUAUACAGAGUCUACUGAGCAACGAGCUUGUAGCAAUUCAUUCCCUGGGGGAGAUCCCAAGGGAGCUUUUUGUUCCCUUGUUCUCUGCUGCCUUCAUGGGAGGAUACAGGAAGACGCUGACAGCAAUGGUGAAGGUUUGGCCCUUUACUUGUCUCCACAUUGGAACAUUAAGUGUGCAGGAGCCCCAACGUGAACUCCUGAAAGCCAUGGUUGAGAAUUUUCAGCUCCUUCCUGCCCAGGACUGUUCUUCUAGGAGUCCUAAAUUGAGGAUCCUAGACGUGAGGCAGGGUGUUGACUGCAGGACAACAUGCCCUGAAUUUGGUAUCAGAUCUCCAACUUGUUUUCACGGCUGUACUCACUCUGUUCGCUCUAUUCUGAAGUUAGAAAGCCAGUGCAGCAUUGUAGACCUAAAGCCUGCGAGUCAGUCCUUAAGGCCGCCAAUGGAACUACUAGUAGACCUUUCCCUUGAUGGUACCUUGAGAGAAAGGGAAUUUUUUGCUUUGCUUCUGAAUAAAGUUGAGCAGAGCUCAGGGUCUUUGCACCUCUGCUGCCGAGAUCUACAAAUUGAUAAAUUUGUUUACGCCAAAAAUGCUCUGAAGUUCCUCGAUCUAGCUUGCAUCCAGAACCUGGCAGUUGAUCAGGCUUCACUGAGUGAGGUUACCACUCUUCUGGCUCACAUGGUCUAUCUGGACAGUCUGAGUCUCUCUAAAAUCACUUUUCGAUCUUUGCAUGGGAAAGUCUUCCGAGUGUUCCUCAACUAUCUUGGGAGGAUGAACUGCCUAAAAGAGCUCAACCUGUCUUCCUUUAGCCUCACAGAUCAUCUGGACAGCCUCCUCAGAGCCUUACCACCUAAUUUGGAUUUCUUGUAUCUACCGUUCUGUGAUAUUUCUUACAGAGAUCUCAAAUUUUUAUCCCAGAGUGUUCAGGCCACCCACCUAAAGCUGUUGAAUCUUAGUAACAACCCAAUGUAUUGGGAUGAUUGUGGGCCUUUUCAGAUUCUUUUGCAGAAACUCUCAGAUACCUUGCAGCAUUUGGCCAUAAAUCAUUGCCAUUUAACGGAUGCUGUACUCUCUGCUAUUCUGCCAGCCCUAUCUAAGUGUUCCCAUCUGCGCGUGAUUAGCUUUGUCUCUAAUCCCAUUUCAAUGCCUAUGCUCAUGAGAAUCCUUCAUUACUUAACACCUUUGAUGGAACUGAAAUAUGUGAUUUACCCUAUCCCUAUACAUUGCUAUGAACAAUGGCAUUUUCAUGGCAGCUUAGACCGGCAGAAGCUCGCUGAUGUCCAAACACAACUGAAGAUAAUGCUACAAUCAGCAAAGAGGAGUGACAUGAACUGGAUCACUUAUUCUCAGUAAACUACCAAGUUUAACCCAAUUUCAGCCCAAAUAUUUGACCUGUUCACUGUUCAAUAUUCUUUUCUUGAGCACCCAGAAUCUGAUGUAUGAUUCUUAUAGAAUACUAAAGUUAGGAAGUAUAAGUGAUUGAUUAAAAACAUUAACUCUAAGAAAAUGGAGAACUUUGAGA